GUAAGCAGGGUCACAGAUAGAACAGUGAUCUUUGGCUAAACUAAAGGCUAAAGCUAGCAAGUAACACACGAGUAAAGUGGGUUUCACCGUCCCAAUGAGGAGUAAUAAGAUACAUACCUAUCAAUAACAUAGUGGUGGAGCGGCAUAGAUAUCUAUGUGAGUUGUGAUUAUGUAGAUAGCGAUGAAUGAAAUAGGAUUUGAAGCACGACUGUCGCUGGACAUAUGAUGGCGACGGAGCUGAGACGCUUUUGGAAGCUGUUUGGGUCACUGAGACGUAUUUUCACCUUCUCACUUCUAUUUUUGUUUGUGCAUUGUCAUACGUGUAAACAUCAAGUCCCAUCUCUGUCGGAGGUUGUCCAUAAAGUAUAUCUGAAGUCGGAAAGAUUAACCAAAAGAAGCUCUGAUCAACAAUUAAAGAUAAAAAUUAUUUAUGAUUCAAGUGUGGACAAGUUAACCUCAGAUAAAAGAAGACUUGUGAAGGAUACACUUUUUCCACAAGCAAUUGAUUAUUUACAGAAGGUUUUUCAGGUUCGCCGGAAAUCAGGGCCUAUACUACUCAGCAGACAAUGUGUGACCAAUCAGUAUCUGAGGAAGAAAGAUGACCCUCACCGCUACUGCCAGGGAUCAUGUGCAGACAUCACAAAGUGUGGACCCGUCAUUGUUCCUGAGCAUCAUCUGCAGCAAUGCAAGGUGUGCAGCGAGACCGGGAGGUCGUGUGGCUCGGCAGGAGCUCCGGACGGGGAAGGGGUGGAAGGGGCUGAUUUUGUCCUCUACGUCAGCGGGGUGACUACAGAACGCUGUGGACAGGAGAACAUUGUGGCCUAUGCUGCAUACUGUCAGCUGGAGUCUGAGCUGGACAGGCCCAUUGCUGGAUAUGCCAACUUGUGCCCCAAUAUGAUAUCCACCCAACCUCAGGAGUUUGAGAGCAUGCUGUCAACCGUCAAACAUGAAAUCAUACAUGCCUUGGGUUUUUCAGCAGGGCUGUUUGCGUUUUAUCAUGAUUAUAAUGGCAAGCCAUUGACACCUCGGUUUGCAAGUGGACUACCAGCAUUCAACGAGAGUUUAGGCCUGUAUCAAUGGAGUGAUGCAGUGAUACGUAGAGUGACUCGAUUAUGGGACAUCCGUGGUGGAGUGAUGGUCCGUCACGAAGUGCAUCUUCUAGUGACGCCGCGUGUUGUGGAGGAAGCGAGGAGACACUUUGGUUGUCCCAUUCUGGAGGGUAUGGAGCUGGAGAACCAGGGAGGGAUGGGUACUGAGCUGAACCACUGGGAGAAGAGGCUACUAGAGAACGAAGCAAUGACUGGAUCGCACACACAAAACAGAGUGUUUUCUAGGAUCACCUUGGCCAUCAUGGAAGACACAGGUUGGUACCGAGCCAACUACAGCAUGGCAGAGAGGCUGGACUGGGGCAAGGGUCUGGGCUGUGACUUUGUGAUGAAAAGCUGUAAGUUCUGGAUUGAAAGGCAACGUCAGAGUCGUAAAGUGGUGACCCCUUACUGUGACACGGUGCGUGCCACACCCCUCCAGCUGACCUGCAGGCAGGACCAGCUGGCUGUGGCUGUCUGCAACCUGCAGAAGUACCCUCAGGACAUACCCCUGGACUACCAGUACUUUGACCAUAUCCCUGAUGUCUCUGUGAGGGACAUUGCCUCCUACGGUGGAGCUGUGGAGAUCGCUGACUACUGUCCCUUCAGCCAGGAAUUCAGCUGGCACCUGAGUGGAGAGUACCAACGCAACUCCUACUGCAGGGUCCAGGAGAACCAACCCGAUUGGUGGAGGAACUAUGGCGCUGAGCAGUAUGGUCCAGACUCUGUGUGUUUGUACCAGAAGACAUCCUUCAUCAUGGAGCAGUGUACCAGGCGCAUGACCUACCCUGACUGGGGAAGUGGCUGUUAUAAGAUGUCUUGCUCUACCCAGGGUCUGACAGUAUGGGUGCAGGAUACUGAGUUUCAGUGUGUGCAUACCGGUCAGCUGCUGAGAGUUAGUGUGCGUGUUAAUGACUGGGUCUACAACGGGGUUCUCGUCUGUCCUGCCUGCUCAGACUUCUGUAGCGCCUGCCCUCUACCACAACAGCUGCCUCCCAUCAAUAGUACCAGGAGAGUUCCUAUUGACCCGUGCUCCAGUUCCUCCAGCUUAGUGGUAACUCUGUGGCUUCUAUUGUUAAACCUCAUCCCUCUGCUAGCCGGAUUUAUCCUGUGUGUGCGGAACUGACUGACUGACUGUGUGACUGACUGACUGGUUGGGUGACUGACUUACUGACUGCAAGGUUCUGUGCCUGGGGCAGUGGACCAGAUGACACCCUAUUCCCUACAUAGUGCAUUACUUUUG